UCAUGCCCGCCUCAUCACAGUGCCGCGCGCCUCGACCUCUCCACACCUCACCUUUUACAACCAGAGCCGCUGCAGUCGGGACGGAUUUCUCUCACUGUGCUGGACGGUGAAACACGGAUAAAAAGGUCCACGCUGCGGGGAGCAAGUUGCGACAAGAGUAUUAUCCAGCGUAUAUCGCAAGUGACACAAAAUCUGCGUUCAGACUCCACAGCAGAGCGCUCCGCGGACGCAACACCUGGACACAUCUGUCAGAGCGCUGGUCCGCGCUUAGGGGCACGCACCUUUUCACAGUUGUCAGGGGCUUUUCUCGCGGAUUCAGGGACCUCUGGAGCCCUUAACUUCAAACAGGCAUCACGGGGUGGGCACGUCGAGCAUUGGACAGGGCAAGUAGGAUGGCUGCAGACAACUUCUUGAGGACACAUUUUUGACACUUUUUUUUCGGAAGCAGAGACAUAUUUUCUAAUUAAAACCAGCCAUUUUUCAGCCAUGUCGGAUCAAAAAGACGACAAGUGCCACACCAUAUUGCAAAUCAACCCCGCCGAGAGCCCGUUGAUCAGCGCCAUCAUGUUCGCCUUGGGCAUCCUUGGCAACGUGGCUGCCCUGGUGAUCCUGGAAAUCCGGCGGCGUAGAGACACAAGGAACGGGGGCAUGGGGCGGCGUUCGUUGUUUCAGGUCCUCAUCACGUCGCUGGUGGUCACGGACCUGGCAGGCACGUGCUUUGUCAGUCCAUUGGUGCAGCUGUCGUACUACACUAACACCACCUUGAAGGGGAUGUCUGAAAAUCACAGUGUGUGUAAGUACUUUGGCGUCAGCAUGACCUUCUUCAGCCUGGCCACCAUGUCGCUGCUCUUCACCAUGGCCCUAGAGAGAGGCUUCGCCAUCGGCUACCCCUACCUGUACAGCCGACACGUCACCAAGAAAUGUGCCUACAUCACAAUCCCGCUGGUGUUUUUGUUAUGUACGCUAUUCUGUCUCCUCCCUUUUGUGGGAUUUGGUAUGUAUGUACAAUACUGCCCCGGCACAUGGUGCUUCAUUGACAUGAACCCAGUUGGAAAGGAGGACCGGGCCUACGCCAACCUGUACGCCUCCGUCAUGCUGGUGCUGGUGCUGGCGAUCGUGGCGUGCAACGGCUUUGUGGUGUACCAGCUGUUCAAGAUGUACCAACGGCGGAGGAGGAACGGCGGCUCAGUCACGGGGCCCGCAAGAUCCAACAGCGAACGAAGGCAUAUGUCCAUGGCUGAGGAGGUGGAGCAUCUUAUCCUGCUGGUCUUCAUGACCAUCAUCUUCAUCAUCUGCACGAUGCCCCUGGUGAUCCGGGUCUACAUCAACUCUAUAUGGAAUGAAACGGAGUCUCACCAUCUGGACCUAAUUGCCCUCCGCUUUAUCUCUGUUAACUCCAUCAUCGACCCCUGGGUCUUCAUCCUCCUCUCCCCCAGCGUGUUGCACUUUUGCUGGGGCUCUGUCUGCCGGGCCUCUCUGGAAAUCUCCAGGGGUUCAAUUUUUAAGACAUCGCUGGCCAAAGAGAAUCCUCCGGCUAACCUCGAACUGUCUCGCCCAACGCUGGAGUACAUCGAGCAUUUUCAUUCCGUGGAAACUCUAUGACCAAAACAGUAUUUUGUUCUUUGAUGUUUAUAUUUGUUGGACACAGGAUUGGAUCACGGUUAGUGAUCACAAGAGUGGAGAGCUUUUGUGUGCCGUGGGUGGAGUUUCUUAUCUAUUUCAUGGGUGUUUCCAGUAGAUAAUGGCCCUUUCUGUUUCACUGAUAAACACACCAGUUUUAUCAGCUGAUGGCCACCACUCACCAUUCGCAGGAAGUUUCCCUCCACUUCAUCCAUGCCAAAUGCAUAAUGACUUUUGAGCUUUAUAUUUUAAAUGUAAAAACUCAACAUUUUGCCUCCUCCGCUGCUUAUAUUUUAUGCCAAUUAAUCGAUUAAAUAAAAAAAGGCUGCUGAUGGGAGCUGGCAAAAGAAAGAAAGACUUCAUGCAGGUUCUGUGAUGGUCUGGAACAAAGGACAUGAGACAUACUGAAGACAUUCAUCUAUCAAAGUGUCUAAAAUGGGAUUAGCUUUCGAUUCAUAAACAGUGAAGGAAGAGGUAACUAACGUUUGCUGUACAGCCUUCUCUGAUUCAAAUUCUGCUUUCCAAACAGUUGCUUCUUGGCCUGGAAACGGUGAGAUGUCACAUACAUGCAUGUAUUACAUGGCAUAUACAUGUAAUUGUUUAGAGCACAGCCGAAGAAAAUCCUACAUGGUGCCCAUAUCACUCAUGAACUGAAUGGUGCGCCUACUAAAAGUACGCACAUUCAGAUUCAAAUGGGUAGAUGUAAGAAGGUAGUUUGGUGGGGUACAUACAUGUUGAAGGUCUCAGACUGCCAGAGGAAGCGUUGCCACAUGAAAGCAGUAAAGUGAUGCAUUUUAGAAUGAGGUCACUGUAACAUACCUAGAUAUAAUCUAGACAGCAGACAUGUUUCUACAAGUGUAAGUGAGGCCUCAAGUAUUUGAUAUUUGCAGCUUUUGAACACAAUUAUAGGCCAUUAUAUUGAGAAUAGUAUCUUAUCACCUCUGAGCUUCCUAACCCCUGAACUUAACCUCUGGUCCGCUUUGGUAACCUUUCACCCUCACACUCCUACCAGAUUCCUGCUGGAAAGGUCAAAGGGCGACAGGCCUGGAGAGACUUUCUGGUGGACGAGCUAGUCAAAACUUCACUUAGGGAGUGGCAUGAUAAACACAAACCAAAGGUUAUGUUGAUUGUAGUGACAAUAUUCCAUUUAUACUUAUAUACUUAUACUGACACAGUAUUCUGCAUAUAAUAUUAUAUAAUAAUGUUUUAUAAAACGUUCUUUAUAUGAGACUGCAGUUACUUUUUGACUUGAAAAUUUGCGCUUCUUAUAUAAAUAACAGCAGAGAGCAAAUAUUCUUGCAGAAUCUGGUUUAUGAAAUACUAAAUGAAUGAUAGCAUACGAUUGUUACAUGGACGAUCAAACAAAAAUAGUGAUCCACGCAAAAAACAUUGUCAGAAGGUCCACAGGGUACCUUUAACUGUUUGGUUGUAUUGGAAUCAUUAGAAGAAAUUUUGGGGAAAAUGCUGUUAAAAAUAAAAGUCUUAAUUAUUUAAUAGAAUAAUAAUCUAUUUUUCAAAAAUGUAAUAUUAUUUAUACAAUAAACAAUCUAAAAUGUAUCAUAGUCUGCAGUCAUUUUGGGACAGAACUAUUGCCCUUGCAUUGCCUGAACGUUAUUUGGAAACUAUGAAAGCCCUUCAUUUUACGACUAAAGUGCCAUUUGUACUGUAUUAGUUUUACUUGGGAACAUCUUUAAAAUGUUAUUCUUAUUCAACGUGUGUCUUUCCAGAGGACCACCAUUCAUAAGGGACAGAGGACAUCCACUUAAUUACUCAUAGACCAGGUGGAAAACGUCAUGAUUACAGUCUCUAAUGAGAUCCUCAUGCUGAAAGUUCAGCUGCCAACUAAAGCAAACCCUGAAGAUGCAGGUUUGCUUUCAGCUCCACCAAUAAAAAAGUCUCCCUCUGCAAUAGACUCCAUUAGUCAGUCUGCAGUUAGCCUAUACAGUUCAUGUGUUAUGAGAUCUGCCACCCAACAAUGUCAGUUCUAACUUGCGUGCCGAUGAAGUCCGAUGACCUUUUCAGAUUCCUGGAAAAACCAGGGCAGUUUUUCCCACUUAGUUUUUUUUUAAUUUGCAUACUGGUAAAAGUUACACAUAGUUGGAUUCAUACUGGGUUACAUUAUACGACACCGUGGGGAAUUGCAACUAUUACAGCUUCCCUUCCUUUAAAAUGAAUCACAUUAACUAACACAGGUUUCCCGUUCCUGGCAAGAAAAUAAGCUAUCACAGAAUUUUGUGGGGUCUCCGGGUAAUAAUGCUCUCGAAAUAGGAAAACACUGUGUAGUCACUCGGGUUAUCCAACAGUAGGAGAGAAGAUUUCGGCCCUUGAGUGUGUAAAAUGUGUGUAAACAAAACUACAAGUUCUCAACUAUGUGUCAUUUUAAGAGGAUACCAGAAAAUGUAAACUUUUGGGCUGUAAGCCUGUGUGUGUGUGUGUGACAGAGCACUGACGUUGUUUAUCUAUUGUGUUGUGAGAACUACAGUUUAUUGCCUCUGCUGGUCUGUUGUUGGUUCUGAGCUUGGCAUCAAGUUUACAACACUGACUUACUGCUUCCUGUGGAUGUUGUGUGAGUUUUACUUUUCUGUAUGUGUGUGUGUGUGUGUGUUUGUGUGUGUGUGUAUGUGCCAGUGUCUUUCUCUGUUGCGUUUUUGUGAGAGUGCGUAUGUAUUAUUGCAUAUUGCAAAUAUGCAAGGCUUACAUGGUUGUGUCCAUGUGCCUACAAUUGGUUCAAGCUUGUGUGUGAUGUGCAUGCUAGUGUGUGUGUGUGUGUGUCUGUCUGUGCGUAUGUGUAUGUGUGUGUGAAAGAGUGACAGCACUGAAAUGUAAUGAUGUCGAACAAGAAUGUUACCUACCUGGAUGUCUUGUACUCUGUAAUUAUAAAGUACUGUAGAUGAAACUCAAUGCACUGAGCACACAAGUGUGUAUGUGUGUGUUUUAUGUCUUGUGUAAAUAAACAUCUCAUCCACUACAUAUACUGUCCGACCUG